AUGUUUGGCAGUAGAACAGCCAGUUCUGCCAUGUCCAUUCUGCAGAAGACGUACGAUGAGAGUUACCUGACAUGUUCUACCGCCGUGUACUAUGAGAGCCAGGGCAACGAGGACGAGGCUAUGCGAUGUUGGCGACAGGCCCUAGAACAACUAUAUGACCCUCACGCGAACAGAAUACUCCCCAAUUUCAACCCUCGCUCCGAGACGGAGAAGGCGCUGGUCGAGAGUCUUCGUCAGUUGGAACUGCAGUGUAAGGAGCGGAUUGACCUCCUCGAAGCCCUUCGUCUUUCUCGUCUGUCGGCCCCUCAGCAUGACUCGCUGUCUUCCAGCAGCAGGCCCAGCAAAUCAUCAUCCGACUCCCAUGAUGGCGGGAUAUCUGGGCAACAGGACGGAGGCUGGAUCGGGAAUGGUACCAUCCCUGCCGUUAACUACACCGACUUAUCGCGACCAAAUACUUUGAGGCGACUUUCUUCACAAAACAGGACAUCCUCCUCAGAACAGGCUGUUGCAAGCAGCCGCGGACCACAACACGGAAGCAUGCCGCCACCCCUCCCUGCUCGAAAGCCGCUGCCAUCGACAGCCUCGAUACCGUCGCCCGAAAGAAAGCCCUCGAGAACGUCUAGCCCUGAACGACACACAAUGCGCACCACGCUACGUACGGGCACAAGGGACAAGACACCGAAAGCGACACUGCGACGACAGCCACCAAAAUCGUCAGAGGUCCCAGUACCAAGCAAGGCGGCCACCCUAGCCUGGGGCACCUUGGGCCACCGAGGGAGCCUGGACCAGCCAUCAGGAAGCAGCCCCAUUUCACGUCCAGCUCCGAACACUCCUACUGUCCCUGAACAGUCACGCAGGAGCCUUGAGCUAUCCAAACGGCUUUGGGACAGCAACUCAAGAAGACUGGUGACGCCUCGAACGAGGAGUCCGAACAAAGACACCGAUAGUGCGCCUGCCACAGACCCGCGGCGCUCUGGAGAGUACCCCUUUCCACGGGCGUCAUCGAUUUCAAUCAGUGCAGCUUCAACCGCUCUGAACGCUUUGGCUCUCAAGGAAAGUAGUGAUCAUCGUUCGCCGGAAAGAGAGCAUAUCACGAGGCUGAGGACCGCGCCGCCUGAAACUCCGCGAAGUAGGGCGCAGAGGGACAUUUUGAACAAUGACUCCAAUAUGAGCGAAGGAUUACCGGAUAAACCGCUAACUAGGAAAACAUCGCUGGAUUCCGCUACCGUCUCUCGCAGGUCUGCGGGUGCUUCACUCUCAGCGGCGCGAAUCAAGUCCACGCCAACUAGAUCUGGUAACAAGAGGAAAACUCCACAGUUGGGAAACAACAGUGAUAGGGCCCGACCAAGGAGAAGCUCCUCACCUGUGCUAUCCGAGAGCUCUUCCUCUUCGUUCGAAACCCCUGCCCGGCGACCCUCUGGACAACACAAGCGUUCGACAGUGGAGCGACAGAGAGAAGCUUCACUUAUCGUGGACUCGAUCAUUCAGCCAUCGGAAAGCUCCGAAGACGACGAGCCCACCAAGGAAGUCAAGUCAUGGAAAAAGCGCAAGGCGGAGCUCCUCAAGAAACUGCCGCCUGGGGUGGAUGAACACGCCGCAAAGCAGAUUCUCAACGAGAUCGUCAUCCAAGGGGACGAGGUACACUGGAGCGACAUUGCGGGGCUCGAAAUAGCCAAAAAUGCUCUUCGUGAGACUGUUGUUUAUCCGUUUUUGCGGCCGGAUUUAUUUAUGGGGCUGCGUGAACCGGCGAGAGGAAUGCUCUUGUUUGGGCCUCCUGGUACCGGAAAGACGAUGCUGGCGAGAGCCGUGGCCACUGAGAGCAAGUCGACCUUCUUCUCCAUAUCCGCCAGCAGCCUGACCAGUAAAUAUCUGGGGGAAUCCGAGAAGCUCGUCAGGGCGCUCUUCAGUUUGGCAAAGGUACUGGCACCGAGCAUCAUUUUCGUGGAUGAAAUCGAUUCGCUUCUCUCGCAGCGAUCAGGUUCAGGUGAGCAUGAGGCCACAAGACGAAUCAAGACGGAAUUCUUGAUUCAGUGGAGUGAUCUCCAGCGCGCGGCUGCGGGAAGGGAGGUUGGCGAACGAGACAAGGAAAGAGGUGAUGCAAAUAGAGUGCUGGUUCUGGCUGCAACCAAUCUGCCAUGGGCAAUUGACGAGGCAGCGAGACGACGGUUUGUCAGGCGGCAGUAUAUACCACUGCCUGAGGCGGAAACGCGGGCGGUGCAGCUGAAGACGCUGCUGAAGCAGCAGACACACACACUGAGUGAUGAAGACAUCAACACAUUAGUUGCGAUGACAGACGCAUUGGCAAAAGAUGCUGCGAUGGGCCCUCUCAGAUCUCUUGGAGACGCCUUACUGCACAUGACAGAGAAUGAUAUACGGCCGAUUGGACUGUCCGAUUUUAUUGCCAGCUUGGCCACUAUCAGACCAAGUGUGAGCAAAGCGGGCCUAAAGGAAUACGAAGACUGGGCGAGGGAGUUUGGAGAGCGUGGUGGAUGA